ACUGCAGAGAAGCCUCCCCACCCUUCGCUCAGCCGGAGCAGCCCCCCUCCUCUUACCUGGAAUCUUUCCGUUUUCUGGCUCCAGUGGGACUGCUCGCUGGCCCUCUGGCCCGGCGGGAAGUUGCAAGGGAGCUAGGGAUGGGCUGGCCCUCCGCUGUCCGCUCCCUGCUCUUGCCGCUCGCCCUGCUGCUGGAGCCCCUCGGAGCCCAGGAGCACGUGACAUUCCGUAUGAAUCCAGUGGAGAAGCGGGACGCCGGGCAGGGUCGGGAGCUGAAGCUGCAGUGUGAAACGGUAAACUCUUCCCCGACGGGCUGCUCGUGGCUGCGCCUGACCCCCGGCGCCGUGGUCCCCACCUUCUUGCUCUACCUGUCGGGCAGCAGCCAGAGUGUCAAGGUGGCCCCAGAGCUGGACUCCAGGCGGUUUGGGGGUUCGAGGUCCUCGUCCAGCUACUUCCUGACCCUGAAAGAUUUCCAGAAGGACGACCAGGGCUACUACUACUGUGUGGUCGCCCGCAACUCGAGGCUAUUCUUCAGCCCCUUCGUGCCCGUCUUCAUGCCAGUAAAAGCCACCACAGCCCCUGCACCCAGGCCCAAGCCCACCACUCCUGCAGCCACCAACUCUUCCAUCCAGAAUGCUGCAGGAUCUGAGAAAUGCAAGUCCUUCUCCAACACUUCAGAAAAGAAUGGACUGGAUUUCUCCUGUGACCUCUACAUCUGGAUGCCCCUGACUGGUGGCUGUGUUGUCUUGCUCCUGGCCCUGAUCAUCACCAUAACCAUCUUCCGGAGGUCACGAAGACGAGUCUGCCAGUGUCCAAGGCCCCUGAUCAGACCAGGAGGAAAGACUGGCCGCUAGGAGAGAUGCUUUUGACCCAAGCGAUGGACAUGCAGCUGGAGCCGCCAUGAUGGUGCCCUCUACUAGACUUACCUGAGAUAUUUCCCCAUAUAAAUGAACAACCCCUUC